UUUCUCAUAAAAUCUCAAGUCAAAUACUCUUUCUAUACAACUCGAUUAGCUCUUGCUUUUCUUCAAGCUAUGGCCUCAAUGAAAACCUUCAUCACAUCUUUACUUCUUCUUGUUACCUUUUCAACCAUGAGCAUAGAAGCUCGCAACCUUCUACAAACAACCAUUCCACCAAAACCAACAUUGUCACCUUUGCCUUCAAUUCCAAUGUUGCCUCAAGGCAAUUUUCCUCCAUUGCCUACCAUCCCUUCUCUUCCUAAGCUCACCAUGCCACCACUUCCUAGCAUUCCUACCAAUCCAACACUCCCAUCUCUCAACCUUCCCCCACUCUCAUCCACUUCACUUCCAAAUCUUCCUACUAUCUCAACCAUUAUCUCCUCCAUCCCCUUCUUCUCUCCACCACCCUCAACCUCUUCCCCAUAAAUACUCUUUCAUGUUUUUGUGUAAGAAAGUAUUGUUGGAGGCCAUGAUGAUAGUAUCAUUGUUGUAUGGUGUUUGAAGUCUAUGUAAUUUUUAUUUCUAUUUAUGAAUUUGGCAUUAUUUUUUGUAAUUUAUUUUAUCUUAUAAUAUUGAAUUAUUAAUACAUAUU